CACCUUCAGUUGUCACUGAGAAAGACCUAUACCCUGAUCUGUGUCCACUUUCCCAAGACAGAUCCCACCACAUUAUGUAAGACCUCAAAUACUCUUUCAAAGCUCGGUGUCUUGUCCUCGAGAGUGAGAGGCAUUGACUGCUAAUACCUGGCCAGCUGCGGUCCCAUCACAUCACCUAGGCGUUUCUAGCUUACACCAUCCAACAUGUCGACCACUCCUCAACCUGCUCCCACCAAGUGUGUAGGACCAGAUUAUCGAUCUGAGAGCCAAAAGCCGACUGCCACGGUGUCGACCCAGGUGAAAUUUGACAAUGCCAUCAUCUUGCAGCAGACCCCUCAGCUCAUUGCCUUGCUCACAAUGAUUCGUGACAAGAACACUGAUCGGGCGGACUUUAUAUUCUACUCUAACCGUAUUAUUCGGUUGCUCGUUGAGGAGGGCCUCAAUCAUCUACCAACAGUUGAGCAGACAGUCACCACGCCUGUCGGCCGCUCCUAUGCCGGACUCCAGUUCCAGGGCAAGAUCUGCGGUGUAUCUAUCAUGCGCGCCGGCGAGUCAAUGGAACAGGGCCUACGGGAUUGUUGCCGAUCCGUCAGAAUUGGCAAGAUCCUGAUUCAACGCGAUGAGGAGACGGCAAAGCCUAAGCUGUUUUACGACAAGCUUCCCGAGGACAUUGCAAGCAGAUGGGUUCUCCUGCUUGACCCAAUGCUGGCCACUGGUGGAUCGGCUAUCAUGGCCGUUGAUGUUCUAAAGUCCAGAGGUGUCCCCGAGGAGCGAAUACUCUUCCUCAACCUCAUUGCCAGCCCUGAAGGCAUCCGAAACUUUUCGACUAAAUUCCCCAAACUGAGGGUUGUCACAGCUUUCGUGGACGCAGGCCUGGACGAGAAGAACUAUAUCAUUCCUGGCCUGGGCGAUUUUGGUGACAGGUAUUACACCAUGUAAAAGCUUGCAGGUUUUCCCAAGUAUAUAUAUUGCACCAGUGGGGUCACAAAUCAGGCUGCAACCAAUGGUUGAGACCUGUCCACCAUCCGUAGAAAAUGCAAGUAGAACUGUGCAGAAUCAAGUUACGCCGACCAUCCAGACCAAGUAUCAUGUUGGAAAUCUUGUCCUGACGCCCCAGAGCACAAGCCCCUCUAAUAAUACAAAAGCAUAAACACCUGCCGCAAAUCCCAGUUGAAAAGGUUGUAUGCCAGGAUCAGUACUCAUCGUCAUCGGCUACGAUGCCCUCUCCCUCGUAACGGCGAUCGUCCUCGUCCUCGCCGUAUCUGUUUUCUUCUGUCUGUCUCGCUCGUGAACUGGACGCGAGUGGUCUCGGAGCGCCACCGGCUUCCUCCUUCGCGACGGCAUCUGCAGGGACGAUACGUUAGCAUGCAAAGGGCUCCCCCUU